AUGUCGUCCAACCAGCUAAACACGCCAUCUUUUCCUGACGAUUUCGCGUCCCCGGAUUCCGCUACUUUUGUUGGCCCGCAAGGCCCUGUGCCUGAUGGUGUGCGUCUCGCGGACGUCACGACCGAGGACGAAUCCGAACCCGUAGAUGCCGAUAGUGAGAUUGAUCCCGCGGUCAUAGCACCGCUAUUGGCUGACUUCCCGUUCGCUGCCUGUGCCUCGCUCGAUGAACUUACGCCACCACGUCGCUCAGGCAGACGACGUACGCCCUCAGUACGCCAACAACCCCUCAACGACCCUCAGCUGCCUACCGUGGCACAGGUGUUAUCAACUAGGCUACAACGCGCGUUCGCACCUGAGCCCAUCGAGCUACCCCCGGCUCAUCCACCGGAGCCGGUGCAGCCCGAGUGCACAAGGUCCGCCGACGUGGAGGAGGUGCUUUCAGCAGGGGGGGAGUUGCCCUUUCGGUCAGCGGUAGACACAGGGUCGACGGCAAUUCACAGGACGCUACGAGUGCUGAAGAACCCGGACACGCUUAUUCGGCGCCAGCAAGACGAUGCCCUUGUGGGCCAGGUUCGGCAGGAUCCAUGAGGGAGUGGUAAAGCAGGAUACAGUUUGGAUGAUAAGUGAGUGGUACGGUUCGACGUUGGUCCACACAUUACAUGGACACGCAGGAGUUGGAGAGACCUUAGCACUAAUUCGGCAUCACUUUCACUGGCCUAAACGCGCACGAGAUGUCUGUCAGUACGUUUUGUCGUGUAGCAGCAGACGUCGCAAAUUGCCCACUAGUAGGCGCUUACCGAUGCUGCCAGGGAGACCAUUGGAACCUUCGGAUGAACUUGAGAUUGACCUACUCAAAAUCGGCACAUUGUCUGGUAACAAGUACAUCCUGCUUGUGGUAGACCGUGCAUCCAAAUUGCCUUUCGGUUUCCCUCUUGCGACCAAGGAAGCAAUGGGAGUAGCUAGAGCGUUGUUGGAACUGUGUUUAACUUUCGGCGUCCCCAAAACCAUUCGUUGCGAUGGCGGUAAAGAGUUCGGCGGGGAACUAGUGACUCACCUGUGCCGGUGGUUACAGGCGAAUAUCGCUUUUGGAGUAGCAGAUCAUGCCCAAGGGCAAGGCUCAGUUGAGAGGCUAGGAGGUUGGAUGCAAGAGCUGUUGGCAGAGCUGUGCAAAUGCUGGAACGACCGUUAGGAUGAGUAUGUAUCACCUGCCAUUGGGAUUAAGCGCACGCUGCCAGACAUCUCCGUUCACCCGCACAUGACCCCGUUUGAACUGUUGUUCGGCCGUAAACCCCGCACCUCGUUGGACUCGCCGGUGCCGCUUUCAGACGAGGGAAACCAAGAUCCUUCGGGAGGUUUGGACAACUUCGUUGAACGGCGCAAGCAGAACCUUCGGGAAGUUCGGAUGGUGCUCGAGAAGCGCCACGACCUGCGGGUAGCUCAGCAAGGGCCAAGUCGAACGCCAAUAUUUCGAGGAGUACGGCGUCGGUAACGGUAGAGAAAGGCAACUUGGUUAUGGUGCGCGAAGCCGACAGCAGUCGUCACCGAGACAAGCGGGGCCGGAAGCUGCAGCACGACCUCUACACCGGCCCUUGGACAGUAGAAGAAGUUUGCAGAGGCGCCUGAGUGUGCAAGUGAAGAUGCAGGGUAGAAAGCUGCGUUCGCGGAGAGUUUGCACGGCCGAGUUGAAACUCUUUCAUCUUCGCCCACCCCAUUUGAGACAUUCCUUUGCCGAGGGAUUCAUGCAGUUCGCGUAGGGCCCUGAUUUUGCAGCACCAGUCGAGCAUCCUGAACUAGGGAAGUUCGUCUCCCUCUCUGACUGCCGUCGUGUGCAUUCACCUACCGUUGCCUUGGUGUGGGAGUACAAAGCCAUGUCACAGACUGGUGUAGAGUCCGUGUGGCUUUCAGAACCUGAGCUUCUCCGUACGUUCACACGCUUGCAGUUGGACGGCUUCAUUGCACUAUGGCAUCUGUACUAUCCUGAAUUGGCGUCUCAACUUACCCCACGCUCCCUACCGCGUGCACCGUUGUCCGCCCGUGAAGCCCUGAGAAUCUACCCAAUAGGUUUCGCUUUCCAGAAAGACUUUGGCGGAGGGCAAAAGGUCCAAGGACAAGUGUUUGGUUACCCAAACCGCUACUGGCGUGUGCGUUACAGUAACAAACUGGGAGGAGUUGACGCGUCAGGAGCUGGAACGCUUUCUUCACGGAAGAUCGUCGUCACCGCACCAGUGGCUGCUGAUUCGUGCAUGUUGGGGUGGGGGAACAUUUACCCGUGAAUGGUGUGGUUUAUUACUUGUCGCCAUGUCAAGUUGGGGGGAAGCAAUUGCCUUGUGGGUUUAUUGGGAUCGUGGAAACUGUGGGGCCUUGGAAAAUGCGGCGCUGUCGGAGGAGGAGGUUUCUUGAGGCUCAGUCGUGGUGAAUGGGGGUACUUGCGGAGUGUAUGUAUUUGUUCCUACUCGGUAGGCGGUACCGAGUCGAUGGUUGAUUGAUGUGUUCAUUGUAUGCAAGCGGGCAUGCGUGGACUGGUAGGUCCUGGAGGACUGGGUCGCAAUCGCUGUUAUGAUUGUGAUAACGCUUGUAGCCAGUGGCGGUAUGUCGGUCUAUUCCACUGGCAUGGAGAUCGCUCUCCAU